AUGGCUACGACAGAAACAUCAGAGAGCGAUGUCGUCUACGAGCGGCGCGUUGAGCGCCUGCACAAGUACCACUGGCCCGCAAUUCAGCUCAACGUGUGGAUGCUAUUCAUGCUGGUCGCAUCGUCCGCCAUUCUCGGUAUCUUUGCGAGCUUCAUACAAACGCAACAACAACUACGGCUCGGAGUACCAUGGUACUUCCCCUACUACAUAACCGUCUCCGCCAUCGUGAUCAUCUUCAUAUGGUUAAUGCUCUGGCUCAUCUUCCAACGCCGUCUCCUCCCUUCCAUCGUAAUGAUCGGCGGAUUUAUGCUCUUUGUGCUGUGGCUAGUCGGCCUGAUCGUUGUCUCGGUGGAGCUCUGGGGCCCCAACGGCGUGAGCUCUUCGUGCAAUACCCAGGUAUUCAACACGAACCCGACUGGCCAGUCCCUCCAGACGCUGGCUUGGCUGGAGCAGAAGAGCAUCUGCCAGGGCUGGCAGGCCGUUUUCGCGCUGGGGCUGGUCGGUUCGAUAUUCCUCCUAUGGAUCAUGAUCAUGGCGUACCAGGUGUUUGCUAUGGACCGCUGA